AUGGCUGAAAUUGAAUUGGACACUCUUCCAAUGUCUAUUGUUUCAUCUCAUUACAGUGAUUUAUUCAAAUCCAAUUGUACCACUGUUUCUCCAAAGCAACAAUUUGGGAACACUCCUCCUUCUCAAUUUUUCACAUAUCAUUCUCAAUGUUUAAAGAACAAACAACAACGAAAUACUCCUUGGUACAAGAAGAUUCAAACUCGUUUUAACAACAACAAGAUGGAGGAUGAAACCAUCAUGAUCAAAAAUCCAAAUGCUUCACCCAAUGCCACAAAAGUUUGUGUCUUUUUACAUGGAGCUGGUUAUCGAUUUGAUGAAGAACCUACUCAUUCCUUUUCAUAUUGGGGAAAUAUUAAUGCAUAUACGACUCAAUGCAAAGAAUCAUGGUUCAUUCGUAGAAAUACGGCCAAUCGUGGAUGGACUUCUGAGGAAUUACAGACUUCCUAUUGUUCGUUAGCUCUUGUGAAUAGUAAGCCAAAUUCCACACUCAUUACUGACACUAUUAUUUUCACACAUUCGAUGGGUAAUUUAAUUUUCCCAACUGCCAUGUAUAAGGGAUAUUGUGAACUCGAUCUCAAGACCUCUAUCUGGGUUUCUUUAUCAGCACCUUUCAAUGGAUCCAAAGCUGCUUAUUAUUUGAAAACUCUUUGUUACGAUUAUGAUCAUCAAUCCGCUCCCAAUAAUCUUCAAAAAAUUAUUGACUUUAUUGCACAAGUGACACAAAAUUGCGAUGGAGAAAAUCCAAUCGAAGCAGAUGCUACUUUAUAUCCUGAUUUUUGUGACGUGGAUCGACCUACGUAUCGAGGAAAGAAACCCAUGUGUUUGGGAGCACCAAUAUUUUCCUAUUCUAAACCAUUAAUUGCUGCAAGAUUGUGUGGAUUUUCUCCGAUGGGACUUGUCACUUAUUAUGGUGUUGCUUUGGAAUUAUUUGCAAAUAUGGUACAAUAUGGAGAAGCGAAUGAUGGAUUGGUUCCAGCAUCGAGUUGUCUGAUGGAUACACCUUUGGAUAAAUUUUCUCCAAUUCCAGAAAGUGUAUUAUAUGCUGCAAAUAUUAAUCAUGCAGAUGCUACAUGUAGAAAUGGAGAUUCAGUAUUUGGAGAUACUACCAAACAACCAUGUGCCUUCUAUUCAUUCAGAAAUUAG